AUGACAGCUGUUGAACGACAAAAAGGUAGAGAAAAAUUUGUAGCUGCACUCCAACCUUUUGAAGGUACUUUAGGAGCAAUUGAUUGUACCCAUGUUAAUAUUCUUGCUCCAAUUGUCCAUGAAGAGGCAUAUGUUAAUCACCAUGGUAAUCAUUCGCUCAACGUUCAAGCAAUUSUUGACCCAGAUUUGAAAAUUUUGAACAUAAAUGCAAGGUAUCCCGGUGCUCGCAACGUCUCAUAUAUAUGGAGUAUGUCUGCCGUACGACGUGGAAUGGAAUUCCAUUAUAACAAUGGAGAACGUCGUACAUGGUUAAUUGGCGACGCUGGAUACCCAUUAGAACCAUGGCUCAUGACACCAUUAGCUCAUUACCAGGAAGGGACACGUCAAUUUGAAUACACCAAAAAUCUUUGUAAGGCCAGAAAUGUGGUAGAACGAUUUUUUGGUGUAUUUAAAAGUGUUUGGAGGUGUCUUUCCUAUCAAAGAGUACUUAUGUAUGCUCCUGAUAAAGCAGGUAGAAUUGUAAAUGCUUGUGCCACUCUACAUAAUAUGCGAAUCCAUUAUAAUUUACCAAUCCCUGAAGAAGAGAUAGCUGGUGAACAAAUUGGUCAAAAUGUAUAUGAAAACAUAGAUAUACCCUAUAUUGAUCAACAAGGUGGACCCAGAGCGGUGGCUAAACGAAUUCAAAAACAUAUUCUUGAUCAAUUUGAUCAUUUAAGAGAUGGGGAAGAGGAAGAUUAA